CCUAUGCCCCAUACAUUGCAUCUAAGAACCCAUUUUCAACCCCUAACGGUGCCUUCUCUUCCAUAAACACAUUACCCAAAAGAAUUUUCAGCCUUCCCAAACAUACUGCAAUUAUGUAAAUUUAGUGCCUUAUACUCUGAUCCAUCGUCUUUAACUUUCUUUGCUCAUUUUCCUGGAAAAAAAAAAACGAAAAAGAAGUUGUUCAACAUGAACAUCUUCUAUCUUCGCUAAACCUUUUUAUCUUUACUUUGAAACUCACAAAAUCAUGUAAUUUACAUGAUCGCAGGUUCAAAACUCUCGUUUGUUUCCAAUAGCUGAUAUUCUUGAUCAUUUUCAGUCUUUUUUUCUUUUACCUCACUUAGAAGAUUAUUGAAGGAAGAGGGAACUAAAGCCAGUUGUUUAGAGUUUAGAUAAAAACUAACCAUGGAGGAGACCUUUGUGCCUUUACGAGGCAUCAAAAAUGACCUCAGAGGCAGAUUGAUGUGUUACAAACAAGACUGGACUGGUGGCUUUAAAGCAGGCUUCAGGAUUCUGGCUCCCACCACUUACAUUUUCUUCGCCUCUGCCAUUCCCGUCAUUUCAUUUGGUGAACAACUCGAGAGAAAUACCGAUGGAGUGCUCACAGCAGUUCAAACCUUAGCAUCUACAGCACUUUGUGGGAUCAUACACUCGAUAAUCGGAGGUCAACCUUUGCUGAUACUAGGAGUUGCUGAGCCAACUGUCAUCAUGUAUACAUUCAUGUUCAACUUUGUCAAAGACGUACCUGAUUUGGGUCGGGACCUAUUUCUAGCUUGGUCUGGAUGGGUAUGUGUGUGGACUGCAGCCUUGCUGUUCUUACUGUCUAUCUUGGGAGCAUGUUCCAUUAUCAACAGGUUUACCCGUGUGGCAGGCGAAUUGUUCGGUCUGCUUAUAGCUAUGCUGUUUAUGCAGCAAGCCAUCAAAGGCAUUGUGGAAGAGUUCCGAAUUCCACAACACGAAAAUCCCAAACUCACAGAGUUUACACCUUCAUGGAGGUUUGCCAAUGGGAUGUUUGCUCUGGUUUUGUCAUUUGGCCUUCUUUUUUCGGCAUUAAGAAGCCGAAAAGCAAGGUCUUGGCGCUACGGGACUGGUUGGCUUAGAAGCUUUAUAGCAGACUAUGGUGUGCCAUUUAUGGUACUUGUGUGGACAGCAGCGUCUUACAUACCAUCCGCAAGUGUUCCGAAAGGAGUCCCACGUCGUCUCUUCAGCCCGAAUCCCUGGUCCCCUGGUGCUUAUGAAAAUUGGACAGUUAUCAAGGACAUGCUAAAUGUUCCAGUUGUGUAUAUCAUUGGAGCUUUCAUUCCAGCCACAAUGAUUGCAGUGCUUUAUUACUUUGACCAUAGCGUAGCAUCUCAGCUUGCUCAGCAGAAAGAGUUUAAUUUGAGAAAACCAUCUUGUUACCAUUAUGACUUACUUCUUUUGGGAUUCUUGACAUUGUUAUGUGGUCUUAUCGGCAUCCCUCCGGCAAAUGGGGUCAUUCCACAAUCACCGAUGCAUACCAAGAGCUUGGCUACCCUCAAACAUCAACUUCUUCGUAAUCGACUGGUUGCAACAGCACGCAAAUGUAUAAGAAAGAAUGCUAGCUUGGGACAAUUGUAUGGAAAUAUGCAAGAAGCCUAUCAGCAAAUGCAGACCCCUUUAGUUUACCAGGAGCCUUCAGCUAGAGGACUACAUGAACUAAAAGAAUCAACCGUUCAAGCUGCUACGUGUACAGGCAACAUCGAUGCCCCUAUUGACGAAACUUUGUUUGAUAUCGAGAAAGAGAUUGAUGAUCUAUUGCCUGUUGAAGUAAAAGAACAGCGUCUCAGCAACUUGCUUCAAGCCACCAUGGUAGGAGGAUGUGUUGCAGCAAUGCCUAUCCUUAAAAUGAUCCCGACUUCAGUCCUCUGGGGCUACUUCGCAUUCAUGGCUAUCGAAAGCUUACCGGGUAACCAAUUUUGGGAAAGGAUCUUAUUGCUCUUCACUGCACCAAGCAGAAGAUACAAGGUCCUUGAGCAGCAACAUGCAACCUUUGUGGAAACUGUUCCAUUCAAGACUAUUGCAAUGUUCACCAUUUUCCAAACGGCGUAUCUGCUCGUAUGUUUCGGUCUAACCUGGAUUCCGAUCGCCGGGGUUAUGUUUCCUUUAAUGAUCAUGCUUUUAGUACCAGUAAGACAAUACGUCCUGCCCAAGUUUUUCAAAGGGGCGCAUCUUUAUGACUUGGAUGCCGCAGAGUAUGAAGAGGCACCCGCUUUGCCAUAUAAUCUUGCCACAGAGACAGAGCUGGGACAAGGAGCAGCCUAUGCAGGGGACAGUGAGAUAUUAGAUGAAGUUAUUACAAGAAGCCGGGGUGAAUUCAGACAUACUUGCAGUCCUAAAAUCACAAGCUCCACUGCAACGCCAGCAAAUGGCCCGAGAAGCCAUCAAAGCCCGCGGCUCUCAUGUAAUAGCCCUCGUCUGAAUGAGCUGAAAGGAGAGAGAAGCCCUCGGGCUAGUGGAAAUGGAUCACACAGUCCAAGGACUGGGGAGCUGAAACCAUCUAAUCUGGGGAAAAGUCCUCUUAACCGAGGAUCGAAUUAGUGGGGAUCUUUGUCGAAUAUUCUGAUAAAUUCUGUUGGUAUAAUGUGUUUUUUAAAAUGGUUUUUCAUUUCCCAGUCUUUUGUUUUGAGUGUGUUAAUUGGCUUGGCUUAACAGAACUGUAAAAUGUUCCCUCUUCCUUCUUAUAUCCCAUUUUCAUAUGUAACAAAAGAUUCCAUUUGCUUUUCUUGCCAGAAAUAUAUAAUACUUAAAACAUAUUUUUUGCUUGAAAA